AUGAAGAUACAAAGCAAUGUGACUGAAUUUGUCCUUCUUGGGCUGACACAGGAUCCAGAAAGGCGAAAAAUUGUAUUUGCUGUUUUCUUGGUUUUCUACCUUGCAACUAUUUUGGGAAAUCUGCUUAUUGUUGUGACCAUCAAGACCAGCUCCACACUUGGGUCCCCUAUGUACUACUUCUUAUCCUACUUGUCUUUUGCAGAUGCCUGCUUCUCUACUACUACAGCCCCCAGGCUCAUUGUAGAUAGUGUCUCUAAGAAUCAGACCAUCUCUUUCAAUGAAUGCAUUACCCAAGUAUUUGCAGCCCAUUUUUUUGGCUGCAUGGAGAUUUUCCUCCUUAUCCUCAUGGCCUUUGACCGCUAUGUGGCCAUCUGUAAACCUCUGCAUUAUUCAACUAUCAUAAGUCAUAAGGUCUGUGGUAUAUUAGUGUGCUUGGCCUGGGUGGGCUCAUGCAUGCAUUCCACAGCCCAAAUCUUUCUUGCAUUAAGUUUGCCCUUUUGUGGUCCCAAUUUGAUUGAUCACUAUUUCUGUGACUUGCAACCCUUGUUGAGGCUGGCCUGCGCAGACACGUAUGUGGUAAAUAUACUUAUUAUCUCCAAUAGUGGAGUUAUAUGUAUGGUAAGCUUUACAUUACUGAUGAUCUCCUAUAUAGUUAUUCUAUACUCCCUGAGAAAUCAGAGUUCAGAAGGGAAGUUCAAAGCCUUGUCUACUUGUAGUUCUCACAUCAUUGUGGUAGUUAUUUUCUUUGUACCCUGCAUAUUCAUAUACACUCGACCCCCAACCACUUUCCCUGUGGACAAGUUGGUGUCUGUUUUUUACACAAUUGGCACUCCUUUACUCAACCCUUUGAUAUAUACUCUGAGGAACAAGGAUGUAAAAGAUGCCAUGAAGAAAUUAUGGAGGAAGAUUAUAGGAUCUUAG